UCCAAUUGGAAGGAAAACGCCCUUUCCUGUAGUUUGGUCUGUUCUCAGAUUCUGAUUUGCUCACUGAAACAAUUGUUUUCUUCUUUGUGUGUGAGUGAUGGAGUCUUUGAAGACGGGUUCAUGUCUGGUUGCAAACGGAGCUAAACUAGCGCCAGGUUUUAGGUUUCAUCCGACCGACGAGGAACUGGUUGUGUAUUAUCUCAAGAGAAAGAUUCGUCGGAAAAAAAUGAGAGUCGAUGCAAUCGGCGAGACUGAUGUCUACAAGUUUGAUCCCGAGGAGCUUCCCGAAAAAGCGUUAUAUAAGACUAGGGACCGUCAAUGGUUCUUCUUCAGCCUGAGGGAUAGGAAACAUGGAGGUAGGUCAAGCAGAGCGACUGGCCGUGGAUACUGGAAAGCAACAGGGAAAGACAGAGUCAUCAAGUGCAGUUCACGCCCCGUUGGAGAGAAGAAGACGCUUGUUUUCCACAGAGGCAGGGCACCUAAUGGCGAGAGGACUAACUGGGUCAUGCACGAGUACACCUUGCACGAAGAGGAGCUCAAGAGGUGCGGAGAUGUGAAGGAAAGUUUCGUCCUUUACAAGAUUUAUAAGAAGAGCGGGUCUGGUCCUAAGAACGGUGAGCAGUAUGGAGCUCCUUUUAUAGAAGAAGAAUGGGCAGAUGAUGAUGAUGAUGUUGUUGAUCAGCUCAUUGCUUCAGCUGGUAUUGGCAAUAGCGCAUUGGCGAACGGGCUUAACCAAACUGAAUUGGAUGAUAACGAUAUCGAAGAGCUGAUGAGACAGAUCAGAGAGGAGCCUGGACAUGUCAGAUUGUCAACAGUGCAGCAGAAUAAUCUGUCCAGAGUGAACUCUAGCGUGGAAACGUAUAAUCAGGUGAACCAGGCAAGAGAUGCGUAUUUGGAGAUCGACGAUCUUUUGCUCUCUGAACCUGAACCAAGUUAUGCGGACAACUGGGGCCAGGAUGAGUCCGGUGUCCUGAAUGAUAAUGAUUUCUUUGAUGUCGAUUCAUAUUUCCGUGAUUUGGACGCCACAGGUCCUCAUCUAGAGCCUGUCAGUGUUGGUUUGGGAAAUGGUUUUGAACAUAGUCUUGAGGUGAAUACUUCUUCGGUGACUGACCAGGCCAAUAAUAACCAGUUCCAGCAGCAGACGGGGAAGAACCAAGGUAGCAACUGGCCACUUCGUAACAGCUAUACCAGAAAGAUAAGCAGUGGAUCGUGGAUGCAUGAGCUAAACAGUGAUGGACUUACCGCUUCCCGGUUUGGUGAGGCGCCUGGUACAGGUGAUGCAUUUGAAUUCAUAGACCCUCUAACUUCUGGUGUAAGUAUUACUAAGGAGGUAGAAGCGACAAAAGGCGAGUCGAGUCAGUUUGCUUCUAGUAUAUGGUCUUUCCUGGACUCGAUUCCUGCAAAACCAGCGUUUGCUUCAGAGAAUCCAUUUGUUAACCUGAACUUAGUCAGAAUGUCAAGCCGUGGUGGUCGUUACAGGCUUGCUUCUAAAAGCACAGGUAACAACAAUGUUGAAAACGAUUCAGCAGCGAAGAGGAAGAAGUGUCGAGGAAACAACCACCACAAGGGUUUCUUCUGCUUAUCGAUCAUUGGAGCUCUUUGUGCUUUGUUUUGGAUGAUCAUAGGAAUAAUAGGAGUUUCAGGGAGGUCUUUGUUGUGGUGAGAAAACCCAAAAGGUCCAAGACUUUGGACGUUAAGAGAAAGAAAGGCUCGUUUUGUGUGAGCCGUUACAGCGUUACUGAGUAAAAUUUCUGUAAUUAUUUUCUUAGCUUUAGUUAGAUUCAUAACCUAUGUAGUAUCUGGUUAUUCAUAACCUAUGUAGUAUCUGGUUUUGUUUUUUGCAAAUCUUCCACCAUUCUGCAGAACGAAGCUUUAAUUAUUGGUUCCAGAUCACAUUUUU